AUGUCUCUCAAUGGAGGAGGGAGCAGAGGGUUUUACUUCAACACCGUCUUGUCCUUGGCUCGGUCACUGGCAGCUCACCGACAGGCUCCGAUAGAAAAGGUCCAGAAGCUACAAUGUAUGUGCCCUGUGGACUUCAGAGGAGUCUUUCAGCUGGACGAGAGGAGGAGAGAUGCUGUAAUCGCUCUGGGUAUUUUUCUAGUAGAGUCGAACCUGCAGCACAAAGAUGCUAUUGUCCCGUACCUUCUUGGGCUGCUUAAAGGACUUCCUAAAGUUCAAUGGAUUGAAGAAAGCUCAGAGCGCAAAGGAAGAGAAACCCUUCCGGUUGCAGAGAACUUCAGCUUUUGUCUUGUAACGUUACUCUCAGACGUUGCCCAGCGUGAUGAGACCUCACGAGGACAGAUCCUGGAGGCGAUCAUGGACAUCAUGCAGGUCCUGCAAGAUAUCUGCAAAAAUCCGGAGGAGCAUGAUAAAGACUACCUGUGCAGGUACACCGUUCCCACCCUGCUCGGCGUUGCCAGAGCAUUUGGUCGAUACAGCAACACUGAUGAGCCGUUACUGUCCAAGCUGUUUCCGCGGCCAGUUGCUCCUGUGCCGCCUUCAAGCGACGAUGGCGAUGCCGCCCGCCGACGAUCCUUCAAUGACUUUCGCUCCAUCCUGCCGAGCUCUUUGCUCACAGUGUGUCAGGGAGACACGCUGAAACGUAAAGGCUCCUCCGUGUCCAGCGUGUCACAGCAGGCCAGUCCAGAGAGAGCAGGUCUGACACCCAGCUCCCCUGCUGAUCCAUCCGCACAGUACUUUGAAGGCUCGUACCUCCCGGAUGGCAGUGCAGUGGACCCGGACUACUACUUCUCCACCAUCAGCUCCAGCUUCUCUGUCUCGCCUCUUUUCACUGGAAGCAGCUCUGGAGAGUUUCACGUUCCUCUGGAUAUGCUCAGACAGCUCCUUCACAUGGUCGAGCAGCUUGUUUCUGAGUCGUUUUUGAAAUCGCUUGAUGACACCCUGGCAGAACUUGUAGAGAUGAAUCCUGGUCUUCACCUCUACUACAAAACCUUCAGUGAUCCUCUAUAUGUCGCCAUAUUUAAAAUGCUGAGAGACACACUGUACAAUCUGAAGGAUCUUCAGACAGACUAUGUGAAGGAGGUUCAUGACUUUGUCCUGGAGCAGUUUAGUAGCAGCCAGUCAGAGCUGCAGAGAAUCCUCCAUGAUGUAGAAUACCUGCAGAGUGAACUGAGUCCACUGAAACUGCGCUGUCAGGCCAACGCUGCCUGUGUGGACCUCAUGGUGUGGGCUGUCACUGAGGAGCAGGGAGCUGAGAACCUUUGUACCAAGCUAUCAGAGAAGCUGCAGUCAAAGACGUCCAGUAAAGUCAUCAUCGCCCACAUGCCACUCCUCAUCUGUUGCUUACAGGGUUUGGGUCGUCUGUGUGAGCGCUUUCCCGUGGUGGCCCACUCUGUCACGAUGUCACUGAGAGACUUCUUGGUGGUGCCGUCUCCUGUGCUGGUGAAGCUGUACAAAUAUCACAGCCAGUGCACUCCAGGAGGCGGUGAGAUAAAGAUCCAUGUGACCAACGAACAUUCUCAGUCAACCCUGAGCACACAUUCAAGCAAGAAAAGUCAACCGUCCAUGUAUGAACAGCUGCGGGACAUCUCCAUCGAUAACAUCUGCAGGUGCCUGAAAGCCGGCCUCACUAUGGAUAAUGUCAUUGUGGAAGCUUUUCUUGCCAGUUUGUCUAAUCGUCUCUACAUCUAUCAGGAAAAUGACAAGGAUGCUCACCUGAUCCCAGACCACACCAUCAGGGCUCUGGGUCACAUUGCUGUGGCCUUACGUGACACUCCCAGAGUGAUGGAGCCCAUCCUGCAGAUUCUGCAGCAGAAGUUCUGCCAGCCUCCCUCCCAGCUUGAUGUCCUCAUCAUAGACCAGCUCGGCUGCAUGGUCAUCACAGGCAAUCAAUACAUCUACCAGGAGGUGUGGAAUUUGUUCCAGCAGAUCAGCGUCAAGGCGAGCUCCAUGGUUUACUCCACCAAAGACUACAAAGACCAUGGAUACAGACACUGUUCCCUGGCUGUGAUAAAUGCCCUGGGUAAUAUAGCAGCAAACCUUCAGGCUGAGCAGAUGGUCGAUGAGCUGCUGGUCAACCUGCUGGAGCUUUUUGUCCAGCUGGGCUUAGAAGGGAAGAGAGCCAGUGAGAGGGCCUCAGACAAAGGCCCAGCUUUAAAGGCGUCUAGCAGUGCUGGAAACCUCGGUGUCCUAAUUCCAGUCAUUGCAGUGCUGACUAAGAGGUUGCCACCAAUUAAAGAAGCAAAGCCACGUCUGCAGAAGCUCUUCAGGGACUUCUGGCUCUACUCCGUGGUCAUGGGAUUUGCUGUGGAGGGUUCAGGUCUGUGGCCAGAAGAGUGGUACGAAGGAGUUUGUGAGAUUGCGACCAAAUCGCCGCUGCUCACAUUUCCCAGCGGAGAACCUUUACGUUCAGAGCUGCAGUACAACUCUGCCCUGAAGAACGACACCGUCACCCCGGCGGAGCUGAAUGAUCUGCGUAGCACCAUCAUCAACCUGCUUGAUCCUCCUCCUGAGGUGGCUGCUCUCAUCAACAAGCUGGACUUUGCCAUGUCCACUUACUUGCUGUCUGUUUACAGACUGGAGUACAUGAGGAUGCUGCACUCUCUGGACUCUGACCGCUUUCAGGUCAUGUUUCGAUACUUUGAAGACAGAGCAAUACAGAAGGAUAAAUCUGGUAUGAUGCAGUGUGUAAUUGCAGUUAGCGACAAGGUUUUUGAAGUCUUCCUGCAAAUGAUGGCAGAAAAACCUAAAACCAAAGCCCACGAGGAGGAGCUGGAACGUCACGCUCAGUUCCUGCUGGUCAACUUCAACCACAUCCACAAGAGGAUCCGCAGAGUGGCUGACAAAUAUCUGUCUGGCUUGGCUGAGACUUUCCCCCACUUGCUGUGGAGCGGCCGUGUGCUGAAGACCAUGUUGGACAUCCUGCAGACGCUGUCACUCUCACUCAGUGCAGACAUUCAUAAAGACCAGCCCUAUUACGACAUCCCAGAUACACCAUACAGAAUCACUGUCCCUGAUACGUAUGAAGCCAGAGAGAGCAUAGUAAAAGAUUUUGCUGCACGAUGUGGAGAGAUCCUUAAAGAGGCAAUGAAGUGGGCUCCAUCUGUGACCAAAUCCCACCUACAGGAGUAUCUGAACAAACAUCAGAACUGGGUGUCGGGUCUCUCCCAGCACACAGGCUUGGCUAUGGCCACAGAAAGCAUCCUGCACUUCGCUGGUUACAACAGACAGAGCACCACGCUGGGGUCCACUCAGUUGACUGAGAGGCCCGCUUGUGUGAAGAAGGACUACUCCAACUUCAUGGCCUCCCUCAACCUCAGAAACAGAUAUGCUGGAGAGGUAUCAGGUAUGAUCCACUUCGCCCAGGCAGUUCGAGGACAGUCUGACCUGAACCGGCUGAUGAUCAAGCAGAUGGGAGAGGCAUUGGACUCUGCACAGCCUGAGGCUUUCACUGAGGCCAUGUUCAAAUUGGCUGCCUUGCUCAUCAGCACCAAAGACUGCGAUCCUCAGCUCCUGCACCACCUCUGCUGGUCUCCACUCAAGAUGUUUACAGAGCAUGGCAUGGAGACUGCUAUCGCUUGCUGGGAGUGGCUGCUGGCAGCACGUGUAGGCGUGGAAGUACCGUUCAUGCGAGAGAUGGCAGGAGCGUGGCAGAUGACAGUGGAGCUGAAGAUGGGCUUGUUCUCGGACGCUCAGGUGGAGGCCGAUCCUCUGGCUGCUUCGGAGGAAAGUCAGCCGAUCCCCUGCCCUCCAAAUGUCACCCCUCACCACAUCUGGAUCGAGUUUCUAGUUCAGAGGUUUGAGAUAGCGAAGUAUUCCAGCGCAGAUCAAGUGGAGAUCUUUGGCAGUUUAAUGCAGCGUUCACUGUCUCUGAAUGUUGGUGGAGCUAAGAGCAGCCUCAACCGCCACGUAGCGGCCAUCGGACCUCGAUUCAGGCUGCUGACUCUGGGUCUGGCUCUGCUCCACUCUGACGUCGUCACCAAUGCAACUGUAAGAAAUGUGCUGAGGGAGAAGAUCUAUUCUACAGCCUUUGAUUACUUCAGUGUGGCUCCAAAGUUUCCCACCCAGGGUGACAAGCGUCUCCGCGAGGACAUCAGCAUCAUGAUCCGUUUCUACGCCAGCAUCCUUUCUGACAAGAAGUACCUGGCAGCGUGCCACCUGGUCCCACCCGAUAAUCAGGACGCAUCUUUGAAUAGUCUGUCAGUGAUGAAUGCUGCUGACCUCAGGAGCAACAUGGACUCCAGCGCUCGCUCCCAGCAGAGCGGCCAGGGAUGGAUCAACACCUACCCACUGUCGAGUGGCAUGUCCACCGCAUCCAAGAAAUCAGGCACAUCCAAGAAGAGUAACAGAGGGACGCAGCUUCACAAAUACUAUAUGAAGCGCAGGAACCUGCUGCUGGCACUGCUGGCCAGUGAGAUUGAACGGCUGACGACGUGGUACAACCCGCUCUCCACUCAGGAACUGGCCAUCGCCACAGAGCAGUCAGUGGAGACCAGCAUCGCCAACUGGAGGUCCAAGUACAUCAGUCUGACUGAGAAACAGUGGAAGGACAACGUCAAUCUGGCCUGGAGUAUCGCACCAUACCUGGCCAUGCAGCUACCAACGAGGUUUAAGAAUGAUGCCAUUGUGGCUGAAGUGACCCGACUGGUCAGACUGGACCCUGGAGCGGUCAGUGACGUACCUGAAGCUGUCAAGUGUCUGGCUCAGAUGGGUUACGUAAGAGAGUACAUCUUGUGGGCAGCCCAGAAGUCACAGCUUCUCGCCCAUCAGUUCAUCUGGAACAUGAAGACAAACAUCUUCAUGGAUGAGGAGGGGCACCAGAAAGAUCCUGACAUUGGGGAGCUGUUGGAGCAGAUGGUGGAGGAGAUCACCGGUUCUCUGUCGGGUCCGGCCAAAGAUUUCUACCAGAGAGAGUUUGACUUCUUCAACAAGAUAACCAACGUGUCCGCCAUCAUCAAGCCGGUUCCUAAAGGAGAAGAAAGAAAAAGAGCCUGUCUUAAAGCUCUGUCAGAUAUUAAAGUGCAGCCAGGCUGUUACCUUCCCAGUAAUCCUGAAGCCAUAGUGCUGGACAUUGACUACAAGUCUGGGACUCCCAUGCAGAGUGCUGCCAAGGCGCCCUACCUGGCCAAGUUUAAGGUGAAGCGCUGUGGGGUGAGCGAGCUGGAGAGGGAGGGUCUCCGCUGCCCCUCAGACUCUCUGGAGGACGGAGAGGAGAAUCCAGAUGGAUCACGCAGAGUCUGCUGGCAGGCGGCCAUCUUUAAAGUGGGAGAUGACUGCAGACAGGAUAUGCUCGCUCUCCAGAUUAUUGGGCUUUUUAAGAACAUCUUCCAGCUGGUUGGUCUGGAUCUGUUUGUCUUCCCCUACAGAGUGGUGGCCACUGCACCAGGGUGCGGCGUGAUCGAGUGCAUCCCAGACUGCAAGUCCAGAGACCAGCUUGGCAGACAAACAGACUUUGGCAUGUAUGAUUACUUCCGUAACCAGUAUGGUGAUGAAUCCACCCUGGCCUUCCAGAAGGCUCGCUAUAACUUCAUCCGCAGUAUGGCUGCCUACAGCCUCCUGCUGUUCCUGCUGCAGAUCAAAGACAGACACAACGGCAACAUCAUGCUGGACAGCAAGGGCCACCUCAUCCACAUAGAUUUCGGCUUCAUGUUCGAGAGCUCUCCUGGCGGUAACCUGGGCUGGGAGCCAGACAUCAAGCUGACAGACGAGAUGGUGAUGAUCAUGGGAGGCAAGAUGGAGGCCACGCCUUUCAAAUGGUUCAUGGAGAUGUGUGUCAGAGGAUAUCUGGCCGUACGACCCUACAUGGAUGCCGUGGUUUCUCUUGUGACUCUCAUGCUUGACACUGGACUGCCCUGCUUCAGAGGACAAACCAUAAAACUCCUCAAAGGACGUUUUAAUCCGCAAAUGAGUGAGAAAGAAGCAGCAGCGUUCAUCAUCAAAGUCAUCCAAAGCUGUUUCCUCAGUAGCAGGAGCAAAACAUACGACAUGCUGCAGUAUUACCAGAAUCAGAUUCCCUACUGAAGAUCCUGUGCUGUACGUCUCCAAACAAGCAAUUCGAAUCUGGGUGAUUUGAAUGAAGUGAUGGAUGCAACUCACCAGCCCGUCCUGACAAACACUCAGUCAGGCAGCAGUGGGGCAUUUUAUUGCUUAUUCUCCAGUUUUAUUCCGCUUACUGUAAGUUUUUAUAAUGUACAUCCGUGUUUGAAAGUAUUUCGUUAUUUAACGUGGCAGUUACAAAAUGUUGUAUGACUUAUACCAAAAGUGGUAUCCGAAUCACCCUUUAAGUAUUUCCUCGAUGCUGUUAUUUGUUCCUCAGCAAACACUAAGUGACGUGUCACUAGAGGAGGAUGGCCAUAAAGGGAGCCAUAUUUACAGUGUUUGUCAGAGCAGCUGUUAUCAUCGUUAUCAUUCGUUGCUAUGCUGUUAUCCACUUUGAUGCACUUUAUAGAUCGCAGUAUUUCAUCGGCUUCACCUGCCUACGAUCAAACGCUUAAACAGAGAUUAAACGUCACAUAUAGAGAUUCAAACAAUCUGCAAUUUACUCAGCUGAUCAAUUGAAUUUCAGUAUUUUUAAUUUACAAAUAUAGGUGUUGUCAGAUAGAUCAAAAAUCAAUGCAGGAGUCAAUCAGCAUUUAAUCUAACAGUAGUAUUUAGAAAUGUAAACAUUAUUUAGAGAAUCAAAGGUAAUUAAACUGUAGUCUGUACUGUAGAAUUAUUACUGUAGAUUCAGAUCACAGGCAUUUUUCUGUGACUUACAUGUGGAAAAACAUAUUUAUCAGAAGAUUUGAAAAACCUUUAACUGUGCUAAUAUGAUCCUUAUCCUCACGUAACACCUCUUCAUGUCAGUCUUUAGGUGAAAUCUGUUAUAUGGAGGCAUUUUGCCACUACAAGAACUGAAGCUGAAACUUUUAGAACUUUUCUUUCCACUGUUUUACUAACCUGAAUGUGUUGGAUGUUCGAUACAGACAAAACAGACCAAAAAAAAGUCAUUUUUAUGCAUUGAGUGCAGCAGUGGGACAGACAGCAAUGGAAAAGGUGCCUCUAAUACAGUUACAGAGCAAAGCAGUGAUUUUUCUGAGAAACACCCAGAAAUUUGUUUAAUAACAGUUAUGUAACCUGAACAUUGCAAAACUUCCCUUUUGAAUAAUAUGCCACACUUUCUAGAUAAAAUCAUACUUAGACUUAAAAACAAGCAAAACUAGCUUUACUUGAUAACACUGGGUUACAAAAAAAAUA